GAAACAGAAGAACAUCAGUCUUCACUGAAGCUAGAGGCACUGUUUCUUCUCAACAGACUUCCAUCCCAGCAUUCUGUGGAACCCUUCGGAUCGGUCCAGCUAUCACCAGGAUCGAUCCACUGGGACACACCUUCUCCAAGUGAAAGCAAAGAAGGAAACAGUGCAUGGCACAGAAGAAGUGGCAUAUGGGAUUCUAGCGUGGCACUGCCAUCCAGUGCGAUUCUAAACGUGUUUAUUCAGUAAUAAGUCCUGUGGAGAUUAGUGGUAUUUAUGGCCUAGUUGCUGUGUUUUGGAUUGCCUUCACCAAACAAGUACUGCUGCCCAAUCAAACGAACUUGACCACCUCUCAGGUGGAUGCCGUGUUUUCAGAAGGGAUCAUGAUUUCUCGAAUGCGUCACAUUCUGGCCUGUUGUGCCGUUGGCAUUUUGUUUUCAGUCAUAUUGUAUACUAGAAUAUGUGAGGAAAACACGUCAAGCACAUACCACCAACUACCAGCCAGGGACUUAACAGAAGUUUGUGACGCCCUUAUUGAAGGAAAGACCAUUCAGGUACCAAAAAACCUGCCGACUGGAUCAUUUGGGCAAUCAAACUGUGCGGAUUAUGUGACCCAAAAUCACUACAUCACUAGACCCCUCUCUGUGGAAGAAGCUGCAUUCCCAAUUGCCUACAUUAUGACUCUGCACAAACGAUUUGAUAUGUUUGAGAGGCUCUUCAGGGCUAUUUAUAUGCCGCAAAACAUAUACUGCAUCCAUAUAGAUAAGAAAGCCAGCCGUGAGUUUCAGACAAGGGUCAAAAAAUUGUUGGGCUGUUUCCCCAAUACGUUCAUUGCUUCAAAAGCUGAGUGGGUGGUUUACGCUGGGAUCUCUAGGCUUCAGGCAGAUUUGAACUGCAUGAACGAUCUCGUGAAAUCCCAAGUGCCCUGGAAAUAUGUUAUCAACACUUGUGGCCAAGAUUUCCCCUUGAAAACCAACAAGGAAAUAAUUCAGUACCUGAAGAGUUUUAAAGGGAAAAACAUCGCCCCAGGGAUUCUGCCUACACCUUUCAAAGCCCGAAGGACAAACUAUAUCCACAGGGAACAAAGAUACAGUCUCUUUUCUUUCAUGCUGUGGACUUUGGUGAGGAAAACACCUCCUCCACACAAUCUGACAAUCUAUACUGGCUCUGCUUACAUUGCGGUCUCAAGGGAAUUUGUAGACUUUGUGCUCAACGAUCCCUGCGCCACUGACUUCCUUGAAUGGUCCAAAGAUACCUUCAGUCCUGACGAACAUUAUUGGGUGACGCUCAAUAGGAUACCAGGUGUCCCUGGUUCGAUGCCGAAUGGUUCAUGGGAAGGUGACUUGAGAGCUGUUAAGUGGAGCAAUAUGGAAAGCACUCACGGAGGGUGUCACGGUCAUUAUGUCAGAAGCAUUUGUAUUUAUGGGACUGGUGACCUGAAGUGGCUGCUGAACUCCACAAGCCUGUUUGCUAACAAAUUUGAACUGGAAACAUACCCACCGACUGUGGAGUGUUUGGAACAGAUCCUUCGGGAGAGAGCCCUGAAUCACAGCGAGGUACCGGUGGAACCAAGUUGGUACUUUUAGCCAAACUGUGGGCCUCCCUUAAAGCAGAUGAGCAGAGACAAUAAGUCAGAAUCAACAGUCUGGAAGAACCAUUUUCUCUGUGAAGACUGUGCAGUUUCCGGAUGUCUAAUACGGGUACAUUUUAUUUAGCACUGUGAAAGUCCUUGCACUACGGUUGGAAUGAAAACUCAAAGCACUCGGAUUAUAAGUGGAACAUUCUUCGGGUUUUUUUUAUUCAUUAGGUUUUUUUUCAAAACUAUUUUGCCGAGGGAUUAUCACAUUUUCUCAAGUAACCAUGUUCUGUUGGUCGAUUCUUUGGCCUCCAUUCAGGAUGUUCUUUGUGCAAGACAGUGAGCUCAGAUUUCAAGAUGGUUGGAUUAAAAUUUGAAAAUUGGAACCAGCCUU